AUGGCGCUGCUCCGGAAACCCAAGGGUCCGACGGGCAUCCCCUCCGGCGACGCCGCUCUGGCUCGUCUCCUGAGGCCAGGCUCCGGCUAUUUAAGCCGGACAGAGUCUCGAAACCCUAGACACACCCUCUUCCUUGGUCUUUUCAGAUCCACGCCACAUAUAGCGACGCUCGCAGGCAGCGCGAUCCCAGCAAUGGAGACGGAGAUGGAGAUCCACUCCGGUGCGCCAUGCACCAAGAGGGCGAAGCUCGCGCCACCGGCGACGCCGUCCUCUGGUGGUUUGGCGGUAGCGGCUAGAAGCGGCGAGGGUGCGCCUACCGGAUCCGAGGAUCAGGAAGAGCAGUCUGGUCUGGACCGCAUCAGCGACCUCCCGAACGCCAUCCUCGGUGAGGUCAUCUCCCGUCUCUCCACUAGGGAGGGCAUCCACUCUCGGAUGCUCGCACGUCGUUGGCGCCCUGUUUGGCCGACCGCUCCUCUGAAUCUUUACUGCCGUGAGAUCCCUGUCGUUCGUCUUUUUAACGCCCAAGAAACAGUUCAUGUCAAGAUCAUCAGUAGGGUCUCUGCCUACAGCGAGGAGGUUGCUCGCAUACGAUACAUCGGAAAUUGGCAUCAGGGAAAAAAAACAGUUCCUGGUGAUGGUUCGUGCCUUCCAGAGUCCAUCCUCUCCAGCCAUGUGGGGCAGUUCUCCGCCUUUAUACCAGACCAUUAUGUAGAGGUACUUGAACUACCACUGGUCAAGAAACUUUCUCUUGUUGAGGUUGAUAUAUCAGACUUCUCGUUGCAAAGCAUGAUCAACUCUAGUUGCCCUGCACUCGAGUGCCUGCUGCUUGUUUGCAAUAGAGAAUGGCAUCGGAUCACAAUAAAUUCCCGUAACCUUGUAAGCAUCGGCAUCCGUGGUGAGAAAGGAGAAUUCAUCAUCGAGGAUGCCCCCUCACUUCAAAGGUUGAUCCACGAUCUCCAGAGCAAUAACAUGGAGGUAUUCAUCGUCUCUGCACCCAAACUGGAGACAUUGGGCAAAUUCAGUAUGUCGCUUGACUCCACAGGUCUUAUGGGUUUGGCGAUGGCCAGCCUAUCUACAAUGCGGCAAUCUGUCAAAACCUUAUUUUUGGCCAUGACUUAUAAAGUGGACCUGGUCGUUCACUUGCUUAAGUGCCUUCCAAAUCUGGAGAACUUGUUUGUUCAGGGAGGAAACAUUCCUGAUGGUGCAAGAAAUAUUUGGCGUCGCAAGCACAGUGCGUUUCUCAAAGAACACAUCAUUCAUUUAAAGGCAGUAACACUGGAAGAUUAUGAAAAAAGCGGGAAGAACACUGAGUUUGUGAGGUUCUUUAUUCUGAAUGCAACGGAGCUAGAGACCAUGAGGAUUAAGUUUCGCUUUCCCUCAGACUUCACGCAAGAAUUUUACGAACAGCAACAGAAGUUGUUCCUGUGGGAGAAUAAAGUUUCCGAACGCACCCAUCUCAAGUUAUCAGCAUGCUGCAAUCAUCUGUGCUUGGAUUUGAAACACAGGCGUGUUGAAUGCCUAGAUUUGUCAGAUCCGUUCACUUGUGCCUGCUGGACACAGGGCUGUAGUUAG